UUAAGCAUUAUUUAGCUUUCCAUGAAUGUCAGACAAUAAGGAUAAUGUCAGUCUGAUGCGCAUCAGCGCCCUCUGUCUUCAAAAGUGGGAACUACACUGACAUUCCAAGCCGAAUAUCUUUGAGUCGCUCUUCCUUGAGUCUCAGGACUCAGCCAAUCUGAAUGCUGUGACGAGGAGAGGCAGGAUCCCAAUAUUUAACACACAGGGCACUGAUACAUCUACACCUGUCACUGACUGCUCCUCGUGAAGAACUAAUGCACUUUAUCUCCCUCCUCACAUACUGAAGAUAUCCACACACGGGACUGUCGAUCCGACGUCCGUGCGGUUCUUGAGAAGUCACAGCGGCGAUUUCCUCGUGCUUUGUCACUAUUUACCGGGACAUUUUACAGAUGCGCAUUGGCACGAACCUGUAAGGAUGCGACAGGACAUCUGAACCUCACCUAGAAUCAAAAUCGAGCGACUAUGCCGUAAAGAAAUCUUUCUUGAUACAUCCGGAAACCGCUGGAUGCAGAAGAAGAUUUGCGCACCUAGAUUUGAACAUGGAUCUCCCAUCAUAACGCGGAUUACAGUAGGACACCACACGCGCCCCUGAAUCUCUUUAUUAUAUCUAGCCUGUAUCGUAUUGUGGCAAGUGCUUAAAGAUGAUCCUAUUUCGUAAAUUUCGCGUGUUGAUUUUAAUGGUGUUUCUCGUCGCUUGCACCAUGCACAUAAUGAUAGACCUGUUACCCAAGCUGGAGAAGCGCGCGGCGGGAUCGAGCUCCAGCGCUGGAGGUGGAGGCGGCUGCUCCUGCGCGCACACACCGGGCGAGGAGCCUCGAUCCUGGGCCAAACAGCGCUCCAGAGCCGCCGCCGCCGCGGAACCGGGCUGGCCUAAUAAACACUCUUUGAGACUACUGCAGGAUUUCAGCAAUGAACCCAACUCCAACCUCACUUCGCACUCGCGGGAGAAGGUGACUGAGAGAGCCGAGUCUGGAAAGAGAGUGAGACCGCUGCAGCCGGGCUCGGAGAAGAGAGGUCUGAUGAGAGAUACGGUUAGCGGACCGAAGCAGAGAGCGGUGCAGGGUUCGUCCAGACUGAAGGCGCUCUACGAGCAACCCCUCUACAAGACCGACCUGCCUCAUCUCUCUGAAGAUGACACUUUGUUCAACCUCAACAGUGAUGUCAGAUUCUACCCCAAAGCUGCCGGACAACAAGAAUGGCAUAAUGAGGGGAACGUGGAGGAGGAGGAGUACAGUCCGACAGGGGAGGCCACUGCUGAGUCAUAUCCCAACUGGCUCCGCUUCCACAUCGGGAUUAACCGAUACGAGCUCUACUCCAGACACAACCCCGUCAUCGGCGCCCUGCUGAAGGACCUGGUCUCCCAGAAGAUCACCAGCGUAGCUAUGAAGUCAGGUGGCACUCAGCUGAAGCUCAUCAUGUCAUUCCAGAACUAUGGACAAGCCCUGUUCAAACCUAUGAAACAAACCAGGGAGCAAGAAACACCCCCAGACUUCUUCUACUUCUCUGACUUUGAGCGACACAACGCAGAGAUCGCUGCAUUUCAUCUGGACAGAAUCCUGGAUUUCCGGAGAGUUCCCCCGGUGGCCGGCAGGCUGGUGAACAUGACACGUGAGAUCCGAGACGUGACCCGUGACAAAAAGCUCUGGCGGACAUUCUUCGUAUCCCCAGCCAACAACAUCUGCUUCUACGGCGAGUGCUCCUACUACUGCUCCACAGAACAUGCCCUGUGUGGGAAGCCCGACCAGAUCGAGGGCUCCCUGGCUGCAUUUCUUCCUGACUUGGCACUAGCUAAGCGCAAGACCUGGAGGAACCCCUGGCGCCGCUCCUACCACAAACGCAAGAAAGCUGAGUGGGAAGUGGAUCCGGACUAUUGUGAUGAAGUCAAACAGACCCCUCCAUAUGACCGAGGCACACGACUCCUGGACAUCAUGGACAUGACUAUUUUUGACUUUCUAAUGGGCAACAUGGAUCGCCACCAUUACGAGACUUUUGAGAAGUUUGGAAAUGAGACUUUCAUUAUUCAUUUGGACAACGGCAGAGGAUUUGGAAAGCAUUCACACGAUGAAAUGUCCAUCCUGGUCCCUUUGACUCAGUGCUGCAGAGUGAAGAGGUCGACGUACCUGCGGCUACAGCUGUUGGCUAAAGAGGAGUUCAAGCUGAGCUCUCUAAUGGAGGAAUCGCUUCUACAGGACCAGUUGACACCCGUCCUCAUCCAGCCCCACCUGGAGGCCAUGGACCGCCGCCUGCGCCUGGUGCUCAAAGUGCUGGCCGACUGCGUGGAGAAAGAAGGCUUCCCAUCAGUGGUGGAGAAUGACCUGGACAGACAGCCCUCCUCGCACCACCACCAGGCGCACGGAGGGAGGUAGUGAGGCCUGAACCUCGGUUACCGCCAGUCAGUCCCCCACCAUGAGCCCCACUGAGGCUUGUGCUCGAGUCACACUCUGAAUUCAGUGAAUUCCCCGACUAGCCACCAAUGCCUCUGAGGAGCCACCCUAUUGUGUGUGUAGAUGCAGGACGAACUCUGGGACGAAGACGUCGUUUCUGGAUGGCCGAGCUGCAGCACAUACUUCUCUGUUGCAUCCUAAUUUGUUUGACAAUCUGCUGAUAUCAUUUAUCACAUUUCCAUAUUUCGAGUUGACGAGUGUACAGACAAGUUGGAACCAAAAGCUGAAAGACAAACACAACUGUGCUCAUGUAGGUCUUCGACAUAAGGGCACGGAAACGAGCUUUAAUGAUGGUACUGCAGUGCAGUACUACUGUGCGAGGACACUUAAAUGAAUCCUUCCCUGUGCAUUCACAAUUCGACCUCAUUUCCUGCCAUCUGAACUAAGCCAUCGUUUCAAUUGCUCAUUGUGCCAUCAAGCCUUCAAUCAUCGUGUCAGAUUCGGCACGUUUGUUAUUUCACUUAAGGUGAAGUGUGCGCUUCAUUUGAGGUUAUUCAGCGGAAAGCACAUGUUUAAACAUCUCCGUGGAGAAGGAGAGAAUCACGCUGAUUGGUUCUUCAGGCGUCAGUGUUUCUCAUCUCAGGCCUCAUGCUGAAUACACCUGCUCUGUCUUAAUGAGAACCUUAAGGACGGGCGGAUGCUAUGCUAGCGGAAGUUCAUGAUGAUGUUAGUCGUACUUCACACUGCAGGUAUCUCGAGGCUCAUCUGGUGGAGUGAUUUCAGAGUAUGGCACAGGCUCGAGGGAAUGAAACAAACCAAUCGGUCUUAAUCAUUUCAUGUUAAAAUGAGUUUUUGUCCUAGCCAGGGGAGUCCAAACCUGCUCCUGGAGGGCCACUGUCCUCCAACGUACUAUGAAACACCAAGUACUGUUUCUAGCAGCCCUGAAGAGCUCGAUUAGCUGGUUCAGGUGAGUUUAUUUAGGAUUAGAGCUAAACUCUGCAGGACAGGAGCCCUUCAGGAGCAGGACAGGACACCUCUAGACAAGACAUUUUGGUUGGUUUCUGUUUCUUCUGAGUCUAUUUCUUUAGCUUUCCAACAGUGAACUCUCACUGGUCUGAAAUCCUCCUUCACAUAUUUGUGUGUAAUGCUGCGUUCCAUUCAGUCAGACGUGGGAUCCGUGUUCAGAACAUGACAUAGCAAACCAAAUGCUCCUGCCGGUGUUUCAUGGUCUGUGAUGAUGUGUCCUAGAAAUUUGGGAGUUUGGGGAGGUUAUAUAAUAGUACUCAGUGUAAGCAUUUGUUGUUCUGUGAUUAUUAACAGAGAGGAUCGAUCACAGUGUUUGAAUAUGGGAGCGUGGAUUCAUUAAUGCAUUAACUUACAAUCGAAUGUUUAGCUUUAACAGUGUAAAUCUCCCUGUGUGCUGCAAUGUUAGCGUGAUCAUAUAUCCAUAUCUACUCUACACAAAUGUGGCAUUCCAUUGCACUUCUCCCAAUAUGAUUUUAGACAUUUUGCCGAUAGCCUUGUGGGCAGUGUGCCGACAUACAAUGCCCGUCCCGAGUUCGAAACCCGACUCAAGGAGCUUUCCCACUUCGCUUCCUGCCAGCUCUGAUCUGUACUCUCAAAAUAAAGUCAGAAAGUAGAAAGAAAAUAAGUUAAGAAGAAUCAUUCGUGAAUCCGAAACUGGUUAGCAAAUGACUUACCUGUGGAAAGUGCUUAUAGGAUAUGGUUUAAUGCUGAUAGAUCGUUUUAUAAUACAUAAUUAUAGGACAUAAUUUCCUUCCUACUAUUUUGUUUUGUUUUUCAGCGUUACUCACAUAUGCUGACCUUUCAACAAAAGUAAUCCUUCCAUUGCUCCGUACAAAACAUGUUUUCAGCUCUCACUUAUUUUGUAUUGUGUAAACCAUGGCCAAAAAAAAAGGCAAAAGAGUGCCUUUUUAUCUUUAUAGCAGUGGUGACUGCCACUUCCAGUCUCAUAUUCACGCCAUCGCAUUUUAAGGGGGUUUUAUUUUAUCUCUAAACGAACCUUUUGGAAGUAGUUGUGUUGUAUUUUAAAAGCUCAAAAUGCUAUUUAUUAAGAAAGAGUACAUUUGGGAGGAAAUCUUGUUGGGUUUUAGGUCUUAUUUUGCAUUUGAGAUUUGUGUGUGUGUGUGUGUGUGUGUGUGUGUUAAAUGAAGUCCCUGUUCCUCACAGACAUUGUAAAGAUGAUUUGAUAGUCUGACUGCUCAGUGUAAAGUGAGGGGCCACGUGUGUGUUUUGUGUUUAACCCCAGUGCCUGUGCAAUGCUCAAGAAACUUGAAUGUUUUGGGAUUAUUCACAAACGGACCUUUUAAUAGCCCCUGGCCUGGACUCAAAGGUGUGUUUUUUUUUUUGUGUUUUUUUUGGCAGAGAGUAAUUAUGAAAUGAUCAAGGCUUGUAUUAGCCAAACAGACUUAAAGAUGUUCCCAAUACUCUCAGUUUUUCUGUAUAUAUCUGUAAAUAUGAUAUGUUCAACCAAGAGGCUGUUUUCGGAGCAAAAAAAAAUAAUUAUGCUUCAGUUUUCUUUUCCUCUCUUAGGCAUUGUUACUGUGAAGAUCUGUUUGCAAAAUGAUAAAAGUGUGCAAUAAAUGAAGCUAUGUUGUUGAA